AUUCUGUGCCCCACCACUCGACGUUGGAGACACCCCACCCGUGUAACAAGGCAACCACUCAUUUCACACAGUUUCCGGACUGGUUGUUAAGGGCACACCUUUGUCUUGUGCUUUGACACACCCACUAUCAACGACAAACCCGUCGCUGCCCCUUUUUUCGUUUGUUUGGAUUCUUCCCUCCUGAGCUGAAGCCAGCAAUCAUCGUCCUCGCCAGUCAUGGACGCCAGCCACAACAACCACGCCGGGCAAUGGGAUCCCAACUCCUUUGCGGCAGAGAAUCCAUGGGAACAACAGUUCGCCUUCACCCCUGAGCAUGGGCACGAAAAUGUGUAUCACAACCCUGGUGCUUUCAUCGACCCUCCACAGCAGGUCAACCCGCAGCUGGCUGGUCAUGACACGCAAACAAAUGCUUAUGGCCACUACGACUACUACCCUCAGAGUGAGGCAUGGACUGGGCCUAGCCCUGCAUCUGCCCCUUAUGCUCAGGAGCCAUUGACCCAGGAACAUUAUGCACCUGCCCAGCAGCACCCACAGCACCACCACCAACAACCACCACAACAACAACAACAGCAGCACCCAUAUGGCAACCAUCGCACAAUUGACAGCCGGUUCGCUCUUGUUGACCUCCCGCAAGAGAACGAAUACUCGAACCACCAUAUUCAGAUUCCCGAGAGGCAAGAAGUAGUUCAAGGUGGUUUUGCCCAUGGCGCUGUUCCCCCCAGGCAACAGUCGGCAGAUGGCUAUCUUCAGGGACAUGUCUCAGAGCAAUGGCAGAGGGUACCAAUGGCGAGCUCAGGCUAUGCUACGAAUGGAGAGUACCAAAAUCCCUUAGCGAUGCCACAAGCUGUAAAUCACCAACAACCGGUUGUACAUCAAUCACAGCAGCCGCCUCAGCAUCAGCCGCAACAUGUCAGUCAGCAGCACCCACAACUUCAGCGGCAACAACAGCCAUCGCAAUCGCAAUUACAUCUACCGCAGCCGCAGCAGCAGCAGCAGCAGCAGCCGCCACAACAAAGGCAGACGCCCACGCCCAUUCAAUACCAGGCUGGCCAUGGCCCAGUCCAGGGAGGGCUCACGAGCUACCACCAUGUCCAGGGUCACCAUACCCCCGAGCCCCAGCCAAAUCAAGCUCACUUUAUGCAAACUGUUAACGGGCAACAUAUUCAAAACUGCGCUUCCGUUGCACAAAUCCCCGCGCAGCGAGCCACGGCCAGCCCCAGCCCACUAAGUCAUACACCAAUUCAAAGCGCACCUAUACAGCAGAAGCCUGCCCAACCACCGGUGCCGCAACCUAUCCAACCUAAAAUUGCUCCACGUUCCAUGGCCCAGCCUGCAGUGCAACAGAUGGUGCAGACGCCCGCUCAUCAGACUGCUCAACCAUCACAGUCGACACCACAGCCUACGCCGCAGCCCACACCGCAACCUCAUGGACAGACAAUUUCGCAAGCCCCUCAACAUCAGACAAUACCACAAGGGUUUGUCCAACAUCAGCAGCCUAGCCAACCUCAAGCCUUUCAAGUUCCGAUCUCACAGUCCCAGCCCGUUCAGAUCCAACCGUUCCAGGCCCCGGCGCAGGAACGGGUGGUUCAGGCUCAGGCUACACAACAGACUGUUCAGUCUCCCCAAAAUAAUGUGAUCUCGGGCGUAAAGCGACCUGGUGAUGUGCAGGAGAUGCAAACCCUUGCCAAGAAACCGAAGGUGGUACAACCAGCCUCCAGUAUCGCGAAUCCCCAAGUCAUUAGCUUCGCAAAUAAUAACUCGGCGAACCCUGGCUUCGUACCGGAUGUAAAUGGGCAAGGCGAUGGUGGCGAUGUUGCCGGUCUUUUCAUCGUAGAUGAGGAUUUGAUUGACAAGGCAAUUGAAACACCGGGUUGCACUGUCCCAGGAGUGCCGCAUCUCGUCAUCGAUGAAUCUCCGGUGCAGCUCAAGAAGGGACCACCAACUAAGCGUUUCGUGACCAUUGUGGCGAAAGCGGGCAAAGACCCUCUAUUCCCUGGUCUUGAACGUGGCUGGACUCCUGCUGAGUCUCUCAGCAACCAUGCCGAAGCAUAUCAAACUGCCAAAGAGGUGCUGGACCGCCAGAGAGCAGAUAUCAGGCUUGACAUUGAGAUGAAACGAGCAAAGACUGAGAUGCCGGCCGACUGGUGGAAGAAGCUCUCCAAGGGUGAACUUGGAACGGAUGCUAAGCAGCGAGGAUCGCCUCCGCCCGAGCCUACCCUGACAGCCGUGAAAGCAUCCGAGCUGCUUCGCCUCCAUCCAGCUCACAAGAAAAACAGGAAGGUGAUUGUACACACGAGUAACGAAUUCGGUGCAUUUGUUGCCGAUAAGAUUGCUGCUCUAAGGGCUGCACCAGCAUUUGAGAAGCUUGUCAAAGAUGUUAAGAACAAGGGAAAGGGUUCUGCUACCCUCAAGCCUGCUGCAGUUGAGACUCUGAAGCAGUCUCUCCAGCCGUUCAAAACGGAGCUUGAAGCAGCCAUUGUUGAGGGACUCAAAGUCGGAGACCCAGUAAUCCUGCGGAUGGUGGGUGAAAGGGGUAUACUGCCCGUUCGUCUACUCAAUCUUCUGAUCCAACUCUUCAACCUUGGCGAGGCUACCUCAUCGUUGGCCAAGGCCGCUCUUCGCCUCUUUGGUUGCUUUACAAGCCUUACGCCAGAGCAACUUGAGGCUUGGAAAUUCCAAACCACAAAAGGCAAGCUUGAGGGGCUGGGUGAUCCUGAGAUCAAUGAGUUGGUCGCAACUAUCAUUGCAAAUGCCGAAAAGAACGCUGGGAAGGAAAGUCCUGCGGCCAAGUCAAAGAAAGAGGCUAGCAGCGAUGCUAAGAAAACUCCUGCCAAGACAGCAGUCUCAACAACCAAGAGAGCUCGUGAGGAUGAUACCAAUGGUGAUGCACGCACGGCCAAGAAGCCUUCUACAGAUGGUAAGCCUCGGGUGACGGCCACCUCGAAGUCUACUAGCGAUGUCAAAGCCCCAUCUCCUGGUUCAAAGACGCCUCCAACUACAGCCAAACCAGCUCUUAAAACAUCGGCUACCACACCUGCUACGACCGCGUCCAAACCCCGUGCUUCUUAUCUGCUUCCUGGCAAGGCCCGCCCAUCAGCAAAGCCAGUCCCAAAACCAGAGCCUUCAAAGGCCGAACCAGCGAAACCGCUGGUCAAGGCAGCUUCUGCAAAACCAUCUACCGCGCUGUCUGCGAUAAAAUCCAAUGCCCCUCAGGCGGUAUCCUCAGCUGGCAACUCGGCGAAGGCAACAAAGCCCAAGGAAGAGCCACCGACCAGCUCUAGGUUUGCGGCACUCAUGGAUGAGAUUGCUGCACCCAGGAAGGUGAUAGCAGACGCAACACCUCCGGCGGAGUCCGCCCCUGACCCGAAUGAGACGGAAGAACAGAGGAGGCGCCGCUUGCGGAAGGAGGAGCGGAGGAGAAAGAACAUGAGGGUCGUUUUCAAGAGCGACGACCAACUAUGCCAGAUCAAGGAGUACACCCUAUUUCCUGAAGAGAUGGGCCACCGCCAGUCUCGCGAUGUCCGAUCAGAUAGCAAGGACAAGCGUGAAGGCAUGGCACUCAAAAAGGGCCAUGCGGGUGAGCUUCGCCCUUGGGAGGAGCCCAACUCGGUUGAUCUGGAAGUUCUUCCGGAGGAGGUGCGCAAGGAAAGCUAUGUCACCAUGGGUGGCGUGAAGACUUUCCGCACCGAACAACAGGCGUUCAUGGACGAUCGGGAAGCCAAGGAGCUCAUGGUCAUUUACACAGACCCAUCGGAUAUUCCGCCUACGCCUAAGUCGCCUGCUUACGAGCCUUCGCUUGAUGGCGGCUCCGGGUCUGAUGUUCAGUUGCCUGCAGGUCUGGAGUAUGAUGAGCUUCGUCGCAGAGCUACUGAUUUGAAGAACUUUGGUGCUCACCGUUCAGCUUAUGAGGCCAAGGCUCGGCUGGAGACUCAGUCGAGCCCAGGCUUUGCUGACUUCACCGAGACGAUGAAGUCGCUUAACUCGAUCACCGGCCCGUAUGCCGGGUAUCCUAUCCCUGUACAGCAACCAACCGCCGUGCACGUGGCGCCCGUUGCUGCGGCUAGGCCUGAGGGCAUUCCGCCUAUCAUCGUGCCUGUCACAAACGAGCCGCCGGAGGUUCGUGAUCAGCGAACGUACGAGCUCAUUUCCUCUGAAAGGGUCCGGUACUACCGUGAUCCGGAGCCUUACGAUCCUGCACGUCCCAAGACAGUACGUCGUCGCGAUUACACAGAUCCUCUCAUUCAGAAGGCUGCAGACUAUGUGGAAGAAAUCGUUGAGUAUGUUAAGCGGACAGUCCCUGAAGUCAAGCAACAACCUGUUCCGGCAGUUCCUGUUGUGCCGGCUCAAGCUUCAGCUCCAGCUCAGGCUGCUCAACCAGCGGCAGCCCCGGUAGACUACAGCGCAGCCUGGGCACAGUAUUACGCCCAGCAAGCUCAGCAAGGACAGCAGCCGGAUGCGAAUGCCCUUCAACAACAGCAGGCUUGGUAUGCUCAACAACAGCAACAACAGCAGCAGCCAGGCGCCUUUGGUGCCUACCAACAACAGAUGGCUCAGCUCGCUGCUCAAGGCGUCGAUCUAAGUACCAUCUUGCCUGCUCUCGCAAGCCAACCCAACGCCAACCCCCAACAAGCCGCCGAGAUCCAAGCCCUCAUCGCCACCCUAGCAAGCGGUGGUCAACAACAACCCAACCAGCCCGCCGACCGUCAAAUGACCGAGUACCUCACCUCUCUUAUGAAUUGGGCAGGCGGCGUUCCUCACACUCAACCUGCCGCCCAGCACGGCGGUUACGACCCCUAUCAAGCUGGUCAAGCCUAUGAUCACAACGCUCGUGACAGCCGUGAUCGCGACCCUAACUCUCGCGACCGCGACAGCAGUGGUUGGGACCAGCAGCCGCACCACGGAGGCCGCGAAAACUUCCGCGAACGUAACGACAGUCGUGAUGGCGGACGUGACGGACGUGAUCAACAACAGCAACAAGGACAUCAUCGCGGCGAUAAGCCCCACUGGAAGAACAAAAAGAACCGCGGUGAUCGUAACGGCGAUGAAGUGCCGGAUCAUCUCAGGGGCAUUAACCGCAGUCUGAUUGGCACGAAGCAGUGCACGUUUUGGGCGCAGGGAAAGUGUGCGAAGGGUGAUAAGUGCACUUUUAGGCAUGAUUGAGGGGAGUUGUAGAAGCGGUUAUAAACUUGAUUGUGCAUCAUUGAGGAGAGAGCAUGGGGUGGCGCAAGGGUUCAAGGAAUGAGGAAUGGAUUUUGGGAUGACUUUCAGCAUAUUAGAAUGAGAGUCACUAGAGGAACGAGAAAAGACGAAGAGCGCGUUUCGUUUGCUACAUCAUGUUAUUACAAGCAAAGCGAAGCCAAGUCAAGAAGGACCGAGUUACAUUGAAGGAGGUUAGCUUCUUCACAUCAAAAUGUUAAUAUAUCACUUGCUAUCGAAGAUUUGUCAAGAAACAAGAAAAGAUGAUUAC